AUGACUGAUUCCUACUGCUGCCCUUUCCUGGCUAGCCAGCUGACUCUCGCCAUCCCCAUCAUCGCUGCCAUCCUCUUCUUCUUCGUCAUGAGCUGCCUGCUGCGGACGAGUUUCACGGACCCUGGCAUCCUGCCCCGGGCCACUGUCUGCGAGGCCGCCGCCCUGGAGAAACAGAUUGACAACACAGGCAGCUCCACGUACCGGCCACCCCCUCGGACCCGGGAAGUGAUGAUCAAUGGGCAGAUGGUGAAGCUGAAGUACUGCUUCACCUGCAAGAUGUUUCGGCCACCACGGACCUCACACUGCAGUGUGUGCGACAACUGUGUGGAACGGUUUGACCAUCACUGCCCCUGGGUGGGCAACUGUGUCGGGAGACGCAACUACCGCUUCUUCUAUGCGUUCAUUCUCUCCCUCUCCUUCCUGACGGCCUUCAUCUUCGCCUGCGUGGUCACCCACCUGACAUUGCGCUCUCAGGGAAGCAACUUCCUCUCCACUCUGAAGGACACGCCAGCCAGCGUGCUGGAGCUGGUGAUCUGCUUCUUCUCCAUCUGGUCCAUCCUGGGCCUCUCAGGGUUUCACACUUACCUCGUCGCCUCCAACCUGACAACCAACGAAGAUAUCAAAGGCUCUUGGUCCAGCAAGAGGGGCGGCGAGGCCUCCGUCAACCCCUACAGCCAUAAGAGUGUUCUCACCAACUGCUGUGCUGUGCUCUGUGGCCCCCUACCUCCGAGCCUGAUCGACCGGAGGGGAUUUGUGCAGGCUGACGCUGUGCUGCCCUCACCCAUCAGAAGCGAAGAGCCGGCCUGCGGAGCCAAGCCCGAUGCCAGCAUGGAGGACACCUGUCAGGACUUUGCCAUCUCCUGCACAGCCUGAGGGGAGCUAACAGGCCUCUUUGCAGAGGGUUAGCUGGUAAGACCGUAUCUCCCCCGUUGGCCAGCCCUGCCUCGCCCCCCACCCACCAUCUCAUUCAUCCUCAUCGCAUGCCGGUCAGCCCCACGGAGCUCACUCAGCUGUCUGGUGUGUGGUGCAGUGUGCGUGCUGGCAGUGGUAGGGCCCCCAGGGUCCCCCUGACACAGGAGGACGGAGGGGGCAGGCAAGGCUAAGAGAGCCCAGCCAGCCCCAUUCUGGUCUGCAAGAGGUGCUCUCCGUGUGUAGCAGGAGGUGAAGGGUGAGGCGGAGGCUUGGGUGCUGCCCUGGUGGCAUCCUGGUGUACUGGAGCCCUUGGUCACUAACACUGUUAGAUCCUGGCUUCCUGUCCCUGCUGAGCUUUCUCUGACCUGCCCACUUCCUCCCCUGCUCUGCUGCCUCAGCCCCGGCCCCCGAGGGAGAGGCAGCACCUGUCCCCAAGGCCACCUCUAACCCUCUCUCUUCUCCUCCUGUGCUGUCCUGCCGGGG